GCGCAGCAUUUCUAUUUCUCUCUAGCCUGACGACUUCGGCGGUCUUCCCAGUCUACUUACGGUCGCCACAAUGUCUGCCUCAAACGAGCCGUUCUACCUUCGGUAUUAUUCUGGCCACAUGGGCCGCUUCGGUCACGAAUUCCUAGAAUUCGAUUUCCGAGUCGUUGGCGAUGGUCGCAGCGCGGUCGCGAGAUAUGCAAACAACUCCAACUACCGAAACGAUAGCUUGAUUCGCAAAGAAAUGUGUGUGAGCUCUGUCGUAGUUGACGAGAUCAAGCGCAUCAUCAAGGCCAGCGAAAUCACCAAGGAAGACGAUUCUAAGUGGCCACAAAAGAACAAGGACGGACGACAGGAGUUGGAAAUCCGCAUUGGAAAUGACCAUAUCGCGUUCGAGACUGCCAAGAUAGGAUCUCUGGUUGACGUGACAGAAUCUGCCGACCCCGAGGGCCUACGAGUAUUCUACUACCUUGUUCAAGACUUGAAGGCACUCGUCUUCAGCCUAAUUGCCCUGCACUUCAAGAUUAAGCCCAUCUAAGGGAUCAUCAUGAUCAAGCGCGAGGGGAUGUAGCAUAGACGGUUCGGCAUCCGGCGCAAGUUGAGGCAAUAGUCUGGAUAAUAGCAUGGAUGACCUGGUACUGGCGAACGAUACCCUGGAAUGUCAAAAGAACGGUGUGGGAACUCAUCGAUGGGCAGGGAAGAUGUCUACGGAGUACAACAUGGAGAUUUGGAGAAGAGAGGUUCACAACAGGCAGCUGUCAAGCGUCUAAGCGUCAUCAGCAACCAAGGAUGGGCUGCCACAGUACCAUAGCUCAGAUACAAGCUUCCGACCAGAGGCAAAGGCAAGAGGGUGAAAAUCGCGUGCGCGCGGCAUGUUGGGAAAACCCUGGAAGCCCUGGAAGCCCUGGAAGACAUGGUACGACAUGAGAUGGAGGUUCUUGAGAAAAAUGCCAAUCGCGUUGAACAACGCAAGGUCAAAUCAUGCUAUCUGCCCUCUUC